GUGUGUGUGUGGUGGGGGGGGAGAGAAGGCAGGAGGAAGAAAGUGCCCGUUGUUGUACUUUAACCAUCGUGAUAAGCUGAUCAAUAAAGAACAAACUGGUGUGUUCCUGCCAGAGGGAUGGAUGAACAGGAGCUGCUUUCACCGCGGACGGAGGGACGGGCGAUGGACAGGAGCUCACGGCUUUCGGUCAGGGGCACAGGAAGACAAUCCAAGCCCAGCAGCUUCAAUGGCCAGGACUAUGAGUCCCUGCAAAAGGCCUGCCUCCAGAGCCGCUGUCUGUUUGAGGACCUCAGCUUCCCGGCUGACAGGACCUCCAUAGGGGACAGCAAGGUCAAAGCCGUGCAGUGGAGGAGACCUCAUCAAAUCCAUCGGAAUCCCCAGUUUAUUGUGAAAGGAGUCAGUCGUUUCGAUUUGUGCCAAGGCAGUGUGCUGGGAGACUGCUGGUUUCUGGCUGCAUUGUCCUCCCUGACAAUGGAACAGGAUCUUUUUGCUCAUGUUGUGCCACCUAAUCAAGACUUCCAACGAAAUUAUUGCGGCAUUUUUCACUUUCGGUUCUGGCAUUUCGGCGAGUGGGUGGAUGUUGUAGUCGAUGAUCUCCUUCCCACCGAUGAGAAGGGUCAGCUGAUUUUCGUCAGGUCAUGUGACUGGAACGAGUUCUGGUGUGCCCUGAUGGAGAAGGCCUAUGCAAAGCUGUACGGAUCAUACGGAGAUUUACACAUGGGCCAGAUCUCGGAAGCACUGGUGGAUUUCACUGGGGGGGUUAAGUCUGUCAUCUCCCUGAGGAAGCCCCCUUCGGAUCUCUGGAUGACACUGAGAAGAGCCAUCUGUUUUGGUUCCUUCAUGGGCUGCAGCACUCCCGCUGUGCAAGGCGGAGAGCAAGUGCUGUCAAACGGGCUGGUAAUGACGCAUGCAUACUCAAUCACUGGGGUCGAAGAGGUGCCAUACAAAAACCGAAUGGAAUUGUUGAUCCGCGUGCGGAACCCAUGGGGAAACGAGAUGGAGUGGAAAGGGCGCUGGAGUGACCGAUCCGAGCAGUGGAACCGCAUUGAUCCUGACAUCAAGGAGCAACUCCUACUGAAGAGGGCGGAUGGAGAGUUCUGGAUGGCGAUGCAAGAUUUUAAGGCACAAUUUGCCCAGUUGGUGAUUUGUAAUUUAACCCCCGACUUCCUGAGAGGUGCAAACCAGCAGAAAUGGGCCCUGUCCAUUCACCAGGGUGCCUGGCUCAGCGGUCAAACCGCAGGAGGGAACAUAGACAAUAAAGGUAGCUUCUGUACGAAUCCCCAGUACUGUGUGACUCUGAGUCAGAACGACAUGGACAGAGAGACAAACACUUCCACCUUCAUCGUGUGUCUGUUGCAAAAACCCCGGGACAGGCAGAGAAAUAAAAGCCCCCGGCUUUUCAUCGCCUGCCCCCUCUUCAAGUUCCAGGAACAAGACGGGAAGCUGCCACAGACCUUUCUGAACGAGCGUUACCUGGUCAAACAGAUAAAAUACCGCAACGUCAGAGAGACCAGUGAAACGUACCAGCUGGAACCAGGCACCUACGUCUUGGAGCCCAGCACAUACUACCCCAAUGAACAAGCCGAGUUCCUUCUCCGAGCCUACUUUCAGAAGGGCAGUUAUCACAGAGAUACAAGUUCCAACUCGAACCUUCAGCACCCGAUGGCGACACUGGACAGGUCAGAUUACAGCUCCUGGGAACAAAUCUUCAAUAAAUACGCCCAGAUCCAUCCGUCAAACUGGUCCCUGCCUCGAUUCAAUGGCUCGGAGAGUUUGAGCCCCCCUCUCACCCCCAGCCCUAUGUCUCCUAAUGGAUUGCUGGGCAGACCCUUCUGGGCCCAGGUCCACCCUGACGACGGCUGGUCAGAGAGGUACCCACCGCCAAUGUCCCCAUCAUCCCCCACUUCUCCAGGCAGGGAGAUCACUGCUGCUGGCCUACAGAAGAUCCUUAAUGGAGUUUUUCUCCAAGGCCACAGAACAUCUGAGGGGUUCAGCCUGGACAGCUGCCGAGCGAUGGUGCUGCUGAUGGAUUUCAGUGGAACGGGAGGACUCGACAAACACGAUUUCAGACGCCUGUGGGAGAAACUGAUGCUUUUUAAGGAACUCUUCCAGAAGAGUGACCUGGAUGGAAUGGGACGGCUGAAUCCAGCCCAACUCUCCGAAAGGCUACAGGAAGUAGGAUUUACAGUGACUAACUCUGCCCUCAGUCUCAUGACUCUGAGGUACGGUGACUCAUCAGGAAGGAUCAGUUUGGACAGUUUCGUCAACUGCUUCCUCCGUGUGGAGUUUACAACCAAGAUGUACUCCAGGUUAAAUAAGGGAGGCUCCGAGCUCUGCCUGACUGAAGCAGAGUGGAUGCUACUCACCAUGUAUUUGUAACCAGGAGCUGGGGGCUGAUGCCGUGGGUCUGGCCGGAGGCUACAAGAGACCACGAGGAGAUUUGACUGAGUCCUGUCCUGGCGGCAGCUCCCCAGUGGCUGGGAGUGAAGGGGGUGACCUGGGGAAAGGGUUUCUGCUGCUAUAUGAAUUAAAACUGUGUUUACAGCA